AUGAAGGGCAAUGUGAUGUUUUAUGAGGAGGACCUGAGAGAAAGCGGCAUAGACGUCACUGAUGCCUCCGUAUAUUCUGGGAUUUGCACUGAGAUCUUUAGGGAGGAAUCAGUGAUUUAUCACAGGAAGGUUUACAGUUUUGUACAUCUGAGCUUUCAGGAGUUUUUUGCAGCACUGUAUGUGUUUUUCUGCUAUUUACACAAGAACAGUGAGGUUCUGAAAAUGUUCCUGACAGGAAUGUCCAGAACUCAGUGUGAGAAUGUUCCUCUGGAUGUGUUUCUGAAGGAAGCAGUGAAUAAAGCCUUGAGCAGUAAAAAUGGACACCUGGAUCUUUUCCUUCGAUUUCUUCAUGGCGUCUCACUGGAAUCCAAUCAGAGACUCUUAACGGAUGUGCUGAUACACACAGAGAACAACCCAGAGAGCAUCAAGAAAAUAACCCAGAACCUCAAACGAGGUCAAAAAACUAAUGUCAGUCCUGAAAGAUGGAUGAAUCUGUCACACUGCCUGAUUGAGAUUAAAGAAAAUUCUGUUGUUAAAGAAAUGCAGGCAUUUUUAAACUCUAAAACAAAAAGAAAAAAAUUAUCUCUUGCACAAUGUUCAACUUUGGCAAACAUGGUCCUGAUGUCAGAGGAGGUGCUGGAAGAGCUAGACUUCAAUAAGUACAACAUCAAAUCAAAAGAGGGCAGAAGGAGACUGGUACCUGCUGUGAGGAACUGCAGAAAAGCUGUAUUAACUGCCUGUAACCUCACUGAUCAGCACUGUGAAAUUGUGGCUUCAGCUCUACAAUCAUCAAACUCCACACUGAGAGAGCUGGACCUGAGUCACAAUAACCUGCAGGAUUCAGGAGUGAAACUGCUCUCCGCUGGAUUGAGGAGUCCAAACUGUCAACUCAACAUACUGAGAUUGGUCAGCUGUGAUCUCACUGAUCAGCACUGUGAAAUUGUGGCUACAGCUCUACAAUCAUCAAACUCCCCACUGAGAGAGCUGGACCUGAGUAACAAUGAUCUUCAGGAUACAGGAAUAAAGCUGCUGUGUGCUGGACUGAGGAGUCCAAACUGUCAACUCAACAUGCUGAGAUUAUCUGGCUGUAUGGUUACAGCAGAGGGUUGUGCUGCUCUGGCAUCAACUCUGAGUUCAAACCCCUCACACCUGAGAGAGCUGGAUCUGAGCUACAAUCACCCAGGAGAUUCAGGAGUGAAGCUGCUCUCUGAAACACUCAACCAUCUGGAUAAACUCAAGUAGGUUGAGCAGUAACAAUCAUCCUGUCUUCCGUGAUUGUGAGAGAAUCUGUAAUUUUUUUAGGGCUGCCUCCUAAUAGUCGACCAACCGUUAGUCGACCAGCAGAAGCUUGGUCGACCAAAAUUUUAUUAGUCGCUUAGUCGCA